UCGGUGCGUUGCCCCUUUAAUUGUGUCCCCAGCCCUCGGGCGUCUCUGUCCAACGCCCACGUCAGCAAAUACCUUUUGUUUCUCUCACGUUCGGGCUUCCCUGGUUUGGGGCGGCGGGACCCGCAAAUUGCAUUCAAGCGGCAAAGCGCCCCCGCCCAGGGCGUUGGGGACCCCGCACCCACCUCCCGCGCCGCAGCCGCAGCCCGCGGAACCCAGCCGAGCAACGCUUCCCGUUACCCCUUGUUUGGAAUGGAGAUUUCUUCCCAUCAGUUUCAUCUCCUGCAGCAACUGAAUGAGCAGCGCCAGCGAGACUUAUUCUGUGACUGCUGUAUCCUGGUGGAGGGGAAGGUGUUCAAAGCACAUCGCAAUGUGCUGUUUGCCAGUAGUGGUUAUUUCAAAAUGCUCCUUUCCCAGAGCUCAAAGGAGACAAGUCAGCCAACGACGGCUACCUUCCAGGCCUUCUCUCCUGACACCUUUACCGUUAUUCUGGAUUUUGUGUAUUCUGGCAAACUCUCUCUCACGGGCCAGAAUGUCAUUGAGGUCAUGUCAGCUGCUAGUUAUCUUCAGAUGACUGAUGUCAUUAGUGUCUGUAAGACCUUCAUUAAGUCAUCACUGGACAUCAGUGAGAAGGAGAAGGAUCGAUAUUUCAGCCUGUCAGACAAAGAUGUAAAUUCCAAUGGUGUGGAACGCUCAUGCGUGUAUGGUGCCGAUUGGAGAACAGAGAACAGUCCCCCUCAUUCUCACUUAAAUCCUGAGCAAGGGACUUGUGUGAUGAGUGGCAAUGCUUGGAGCAAUUUCAGCUACUAUCCAACUUCUCAAAGAAAUGCGCAGCAGCUGGCCAAACAUGACCAAAGGCAGGAUUCCAUUAAAAAAACUAGACAUUUAGGAUUGCAACAAUCCUCUGAUAUUCCCCAUUAUAAAUCAAGCAAGCUUGAAGACCGAUCCUCAGACCCCACUAGCCACAUUUCUCAAUCUGAGGAGGAAGUCCAAAUUGACACAGAAAUUGACUCUGCCCAUGCUGGGUACCAAUACGGUCAGGGGUCCGAUGUGAUGCCAAGGAGCUUGGGUGUGUCACAGCAAGAGCAUGAAUCACCCCAUUCUUCUAGCAAGUCAAAGUCCUCAAAAGCAGAUGAGCAAUAUGGCAACAUGCCCUCAAUUUUAGGUGUAAUGGGGAGCUGGGCUGAAGAUGAUCUGCCCAGGAUGAGAUUCAAGUGCCCAUUCUGCACUCAUGUGGUGAAGCGAAAAGCAGACCUAAAGCGCCACCUUCGUUGCCAUACAGGAGAACGACCUUAUCCAUGUGAGGCAUGUGGAAAAAGAUUUAGCAGGCUAGACCACCUAAGUAGCCAUUUUCGAACAAUUCAUCAGGCCUGUAAGCCAAUCUGCAGAAAGUGUAAGCGCCAUGUGACUGAGCUAACAGGGCAAGUGGUCCAAGAGGGGACAAGACGUUACAGACUCUGUAAUGAGUGUCUGGCUGAAGCUGGCAUAGACAGCAUUCGUAUUGACUUGGAGGCUGAACCACAGCUUGAAUUUCCACAAGAAGGGGAUAAAGAUUCCAGGUGGCACUACAGUGAAGACAACAGAUCUGAUGUGGAGAUUGUGGAGGAUGGGUCUACUGACUUGGUCAUCCAACAGGUUGAUGAUAGUGAAGAUGAAGCAGAAGAACAGGAAGUCAAGCCAAAUAUUAGGUAGUUGUGAGUGAACUGAGAAUUAGUAAAUCUCCCCUCUUACAUUGACUUCCAGUGUCUUGACCAUUAGCCCCCAACCAGCCUGUUAAUAUACAAAGAUCUACUAUAUUGGCUUCUUAUGAACUUGUCUAAACUUGCAUGCAUUUAUGGACAUGCCAUUGAGUCCAUUUUGAAUUUUGUUACUCAAAGUAUCAAUAUUUUGCUUCAUUAGAAAGAAUCCAUCCUGAGAUGGAAUCAUGGAUGAACAAUGAAACUGAACUACUACGAUAACUUUAUAGCAGACAGUGGUUCCCUUCCCAAACCUUUUUCAUUGUGUGUGUGGGGGUAAAAACACUUUAAAAUUUCACAUUUCACUGUAAAAUUACCCUAUUUUAAAACUUUUAUAGGUGGCGGGGGUGGGGGAGAGUGGAGUUUAUAUCCAGUAUCACCUGGUGAUAGCUAAAUAUAAAAGGUAGCCCAGUAUAGAACAAACAAAAUAUUCUUUAAAAUCCAGAAAUAAGGGUGCCCUUCCAUGGAAUUUAAUAAUUUCUUGAUAUCAAGUUUAGAGAAGCCAGGAAAAGUUUUCAGAAAUAUUGUAUAUAAAAUGUUUUAGAUGUGAUAGCACAUAUCUGGAAAAGCACUUUUUUGUAAAACGUCUUCUAAGAAAAAAAAAAAAAAACAGUAGCAGACCAUUCAUUCAGGAAAAUUUCCCCAGAAAAUAAACAAAUGGAUAUAUCUUCUAGUCAAUGCAUCACAGAUCAAGUGAUGUCUGAGAGAAAUCAUUCAUUGAUACUGCUAAAUGUCUUAUUCACUCUGAAAAUCGGGAAUACUCAUUCUUCCCAUCAAAAUCCACUCAGUCUUUUGUUAACUACCGAAGGAAAGCAAUUUUUUUAAAUAAUGAAUUUUUGUACUUCUCAAAAGUGCCAAACUGACAUGACUGAGAAUUGUAUGUAGUGUAGUUGUAGCUGUGUCAGUCCCAGGAUAUUUAGAGAGACAAGGUGGGUGAAGUAAUAUUUUA